UAUAUAUAGGGGAAGACAGAGAAAGAGAUAGCCAGCGAGGGAGAAGGCAAAAUUAUGAAAUUUAAAUGUUACAGCGAAUCCAGAGGCAAGCGAUGCCACAAUUACAACUCAAUAAUAGGCAAAACGAGUUUUGCUGCCGCUGACGCAGCUCUCGUUUGGCUCUUCUUCUGAAGAAGUCUAACACUGUGAUCUGCACGGCAACUGUCUCAAUCAUUUGCCAGACGGCGACGCGUGCACAACACGAAACACAGACAGUUCCACAAUUUCCGAGCUGACACUUCGAUGGCCAACCUGAUGCUGCUCGUCGUGACGUUGGCGCUACUGAGCUGCGCCGAGUCACAGAUCCCCUACAACUAUCAGCACCCGAAGAUACCCUUCCGCCCGCCUGCAGCGAGCCCAAACCCGGCGACCAAGUAUGUGGUGCAAGCCCUUGGACGCACCUAUGAGCUGCAAUCGCAGAAGUCGCCAGCGGUCUACACGGCACAUCAAACGUACACGGUGCCCAAUCGUCAGCUGCAGCAACAGCAGCAACUGCAACAGCAGCGACAGUUGCAACAGCAGCAGCAGCUGCAACAGCAGCGUCAACUGCAGCAGCAGCUGCAACAGCAGCGUCAACUGCAGUACCAGCAACAGCAGCAACAGCAACGACAGCAGCAACAGCAGCAGCAGCAGCAGCAUAGCAAUCCUUUGCUGGUUAAUCGCCAGCCCCAGUUUUUGGCUCUCUCACCACCGCGGCCUGCCACAGUCCAGGAAAUCGACUACAAUUACCUCCCGCCUCAGCCUCAGCCGCAAUCGCAGCCGCAGCAACCGUUAGUUGCCAGUUACUACAGACAGCCGCAACCGGUGACAGUGACCAGAGCUCAGGUGCAGCCAGUGGUCACUUAUGUGCCACCGCCGCCACCAGCACAGCCGGAGCAGUCCGACAGCAAUCCACUGCCCUAUGCCGUUGUCACACUGCCCAAUGGCCAGCAAGUGCAGGACGGCGGUCAUGGCAAUGGCCCAGUGCAGGCCGUGGUUGAGCAGCAGGCGGCACCAAACCGCGCUGGCGACUAUAGCGGUCAGUCGCAGAGCGCCAUGCUGGAUGCCCACGAAUACAAGCAGUCGGUGGCAGGUGAGUCGCGCGGCUAUAAGCGCAUCGUGACCAACUGCGAGCCCAACGGACAGUGCCAGCAGCUGGAGCUGGAGCCCGGUCAGAUCGAUGCCAACCACUUUGAAGUGCUGAAGAAGGCUCGAGCCAAGACGGUGAGCGUUAAGGAUAACUCCCAGGACAACCAGCUGGAGCAGGGUGCAGAGGCGAACGCCUAUGGCCAGCGGACACCGCACGACAGACGCGCAUAUCAGCACUUGCAUGAACAGCUGGAUGUGUAUCCCUAUAACUAAAUACAUCUAAAAAGUCUAAGGUACAUUUAAGAGGAAUAUUCUAUAUUAUAUAUUUUGUUGACAUUUUGUUUAACCGUUCUAUUAUUUUCUAUUAUUAUUAAA